UGGGUUUCUUGCCUCUUGCAUUCGUUCUGCAUGUGGGGGUAGAAGGCCCGCGCUCCUGUCUUUCUCAGGCCCGCCUCGCAGGCGACCGCCUGGCCCCAGAGGGACAGAGUUGAAUGGAACCCACACUCUUUUAUCCUGCUGGCACCGCUGAUUGAAAAAAUCCUAAAGUUGGUUUCCUGCUUGCACAGCUGAUUGAAAACAUCUAAAGUUGGUUUCCGGGCGGGGUGGGGUGCGGAGCGGCCAAGGGGAGGGUGAACUGAAUUGGGCUGCUUGGGCUCUGUCAUCGGCCCAGGGGAACAGAAGGCCCUCCCCGCUUCCCCUUCCUGCAAGAAAGAAGAGCUGGACACUUCCUGAGGCCGGGGAGCCAGACGCGCCCUUGGCCUCCUGCCAGCUCUGGCCCUCGGGGGCCACUCACCUGCUGACUUGGGAGGUGUGGCCAGGCUGGACCACAUUCUUCCAGGUGUUAUGUUUUUUCCUUGAUAAUCCAACAGUGUUCAGCGGGCACUACCAGUGAAUCAACUACAACUUCUGUUUUGCUGAUGACCAGUUGGGGGCCGGGGGGGUAAGUUGGGGGGCCUAGGGCUCAUGCAUUUGUCCUUUGCUCAUUUGGAGCCACCUCUAAGGACUCCUUGAAGCCGAGCGGGCCCAGUCUUCUCCCAGGCAGCAGCCCAGCCACAGCCUUUCCGGCCAGUGUUCCCAGUUUCUCUGGAAUACCUCUUUGGUGAAAUACCACUUCUGAGGCCUCCUAUUUCUCUGGAGGACCAGUCCUAUUCGGGUUUAUUUAGCAAUAGCAGAAUGACACCUAAAGAAAGAAGAUGCAAACUCUUUAUAACUGGCUGCUUAUUGAGACUUUCUCUACCAAAGCAAUGAAAGAAGAAAUAGGAAAUAAGAAAUCACAGCCUUCUGGAUUUGUCUGCCAGCCGGUCUGCCGGGGAGGAACACAGAGACCUUGUUAUAAAGUCCUUUACUUCCAUGAUGCUUCUCGAAGACUGAACUUUGAGGAGGCCAGAGCAGCCUGCCGGAGGGAUGGGGGCCAGCUAGUCAGCAUUGAGUCUGAAGAUGAACAGAGGCUGAUAGAAAAGUUCAUUGAAAACCUCCUGGCGUCUGAUGGCGAUUUCUGGAUUGGGCUCCGGAGGCGUGAGGAGAAGCAAAGCAACAGCACAGCCUGCCAGGACCUUUACACUUGGAUGGAUGGCAGCAUAUCAACAUUCAGGAACUGGUAUGUGGAUGAGCCUUCCUGUGGCAGCGAGGUCUGCGUAGUCAUGUACCAUCAGCCAUCUGCACCCACCGGCAUCGGGGGCCCCUAUAUGUUCCAGUGGAAUGACGACCGAUGCAACAUGAAGAACAAUUUCAUUUGCAAAUACUCCGAUGAGGAACCAACAGUUCCUUCUACGGGGCUGGGAGGUGAAAGGACAAAGCCAGCCACACCCAUACUUCCAGAAAACACAGAGAAAGAAGAUGUCAGAGAAACAUUUAAAGAAAACAAAGAAGCUGCCUGGAACCUUGUCUACCUCCUAGUGCCCGGCAUCCCCCUCUUCCUCCUCCUGCUGGUUACCACAGUUGUCUGCUGGUUUUGGAUCUGGAGGAGGAGGACACGGGAGCAGCCAGACCCCAGCACGAAGGAGCCGCGCACCAUCUGGCCCUCGCCCGGCCCCGGGCUCAGCCCGGACCUGGAGGUUUACAGCGUCAUCCGGAAACAAAGCGAAGCUGAUUUGGCCGAGACCCGGCCGGACCUGAAGAACAUUUCAUUCCGAGGGUGCUCGGGAGAAGCCACUCCCGAGGACAUGUCCUGUGACUCCGACCACAGGGCUGUGAACCCGUCUGAGAGCGGGUUCGUCACCCUGGCCAGCAUCGAGAGCGGCUUUGUGACCAAUGACAUUUACGAGUUCUCUCCAGACCACCGACUGGGGAGGAGCAAGGAGUGUGGGUGGGUGGAAAAUGAAAUCUAUGGUUAUUAGGACCCGGGAACGACACGCGAACGGACAAGAAUGGGAAAGAAAGGAGAAGCAACAGCCUCCUAUUCUCUAUAAGGAAAACACUCAGAAGGCCUAUGAAAGUGCUCGACCCAGGCCUGGGGUGAGCAUGUGGCCCCUUCACCGCUAUUGCAUCCUUAUCCCAGCCUUGCACCAGCUCUGUCCGGUGAGAAAGCAGCUUGCCCAGGCCUGGGGCAGAGUAGGAAAUCUGACAGUUGAUUGCUUGUAGCAGACCAGUCAGGGACAGCGCUCUCUCUCCUCGGCAGGGCCCCCGGGGGGCUGCGGGACUGGGGACGCCCAUCUCCAGGACACCCAUCCCCAGGUCUUUUUCCUUCCUCUAGAUCCCUACAGCCCUGGGAUCACCACCGGGCGGGACGGAAACGACAGAUGAUUUCAAAGCCUCAUGUGCUGGCCUGGGCUGGCCUGCGCACCAGCCAUUCUUGUAUCUGUGUUUUUCAGACUCAAAUCAAAUAAAAAGCAGGAAGCCGAAUGUUA